AUGCAACAGAAAGUGGAUGCCGGUUUGGACCAGUAUUUGGCGGCAGAGCUCAUUCAACAUUCCACAUCUCCGUGGGCUUCUCCUUUGCUUGUCAUCCCCAAGAAGGACGGAUCGGUUCGCAUCACCGUCAACUACAAACGUCUCAACGCUCUGGUGGAUCUGGAUGGACAACCUCUCCCUCGGGUGGACGAUAUCCUGGAUUUUCUUUACACCGGGAAAGUGUUCUCCAUCUUCGACCUCAACUCGGCUUUCCACCAGAUCGAAAGUGAUGAAGACACUGUCCCGCUCACCGCCUUUUGCACUCCCACGCAGUUGUUCGAAUGGCUUCGGAUGCCGCAGGGCGCCAACGCAAGUCCGUCUUGGUUCGUCAAGGUCAUCAACAGAGUGGUGCACGGUCUGGAGCGUGUGCUUGCUUAUCUGGACGAUGUCAUCUGUUUCGAUGAGGAACCUCUGGGACACGUGCUGAACUUGAUCGAGUUCUUCAAACGACUGCGACAGUACAACCUCAAACUGUCUCCAGGGAAGGGUCGCGUCGGCGCCACGCACGCCAACUUUCUCGGUCACACCAUCUCUCCGGCCGGUGUUAGCCCUGAUGGCGUCAAGGUUAGGGCGCUCACGCACAUGCCGCCGCCGACGAAUGUUACGCAGCUUCGGAGCCUUCUCGGUGGACUCAGUUACUACCGGAAAUUCCUCAAGAAUCUCGCCACCAAGGUGCGACCUCUCAACUCUCUUCUCAAACAAGGCGUUCCCUUCAAGUACACCCCGGGCAUGGUCGAGGUUGUCAAAACGUUGUUGAGCGAACUCGCUCGCCCCCCGAUUUUGGUCUUCCCGGAUUGGGAAGCAAUCGAGGACAACAGCCGUCCUCUUCGUUUGUGUUCCGACGCGUGUAUCGACGACUUUGGGGCCUCCUUGGAACAAGAAGAGCUCGAUGGCUCGAUGAGACCCAUCGUGUACAUCAGCCGCGCUACUCUUCAUGCGGAGCGUAACUGGACCGUUGUGGAUCUGGAGGCUGGUGGCAUUGGGCCUGGUACGGUCGUCGGCGUCGACUUCUUCGGACCUCUGCCAGUGACUGCCAAGAGAAACUCCUACAUUUUGUUGUUCACAGACGGUUUCAGUCGGAGAGCCAACAUGUUCGCAGUUACAGCGGCGGAAUUUACGGCGAAAGGGACGACUCACAUCUUCGUCAACCAAUACAUGACCAAGUGGGGAUGUCCGACUACGUUUUUGCCGGACAACGGACUGCAUUUCUGCUCGAAGCUCUCCAUGGCGAUCUACGAGGUGAUGAAGAUCAAGAAGUUUACCGUUGGCGGGUGGGCUUGGGUGUACAACACGGCUGCAAUUAUUCGACAGGGUGUGCAGAAGGACACGGACCAACAGGUGCUCAAGGCCAAAUUCGCACUUUCCUGGACGGGGCCCUGCAAAGUUCUUGCGGUGGGUCCCACCUCCGCCGACGCCGCUCCGGACGGCCGCCCGUUGGCGCGUAAACUCCUCUACCUGGACUUGCCUUCCGAUCUUUCCGGCCCAGCAGCUCGAUGUCGCGUGUCUGUCCUUCGUUACAAGCCCUGUGGUAAUCCGUACGAGACGGACGACUUGCAGCAAUCUCUACCCGCCGAGCUUUCGCGUUAUGUUCUGCACUCUCUCGGAGAUACAUGUCCACCUUUCCACGUCACCGCGGAUGAUGUGUCGUUGCCUGUCGGGCGCCUCGAGGUCGACCAAAUCUCGGGACAUGAACUGGUGCGGGGCCGUAGCGGCGUUCUCCCCGUCCUGUACCAGACGCAGUGGUUAGGCCUUCCUACUCCUUCAUGGGAACGGGAAUCCGACCUUGAUCAAUUUCGUCGACACAUCCUCUUGUACUGGUCCCGGGAGGUCUGCCAAAGCAAGCAAGGGCGGCUCGUACAUCGUUCGAUUUUUGGGUGA